AUGAAUUUAUUCUUCUUUUACGACGACUACACCGACUUCAAAGAUGAGGCAGUCACAAAGCAACUGAGGGACAUUGUGCUCGAUGCCCUACACAAUCCCCAUAAGAUACGACCAGAAGGUGAAUGCAUUAUCGGCGAAAUUGCGCGACAAUUUUGGGCUCAUGCGAUCAAAUCCGCAAGCCUGCCUUCUCAAUGUCACUUCCUUGAAACCUUCGAUGAAUACCUUCAUUCAGUGGUUGUCAAGGCCCUCGACCGUGAGCAAGGCCGUAGGCGCAGUCUCGAUGACUACCUGAAGCUCCGGCAGUAUACGGCUGGUUUAAUACCAUGCCUCUUCAUAUAUGAAAUGGGGGUGGACCUUCCUGAUGAAGUGUUCUACCAUCCCGUCAUCAUGGAUCUUGCUGAAUGCCUCUCAUACUUAAUUUCGAUCGACAAUGACAUGGUCUCAUACAAUAAAGAGCAAGCAGUUGGGAACGAAGGUCAUAGCAUGAUCAGUAUUGUCAUGGUUGAACUUGGCCUCGACAUAAGUGGUGCAAUGGCCUGGGCAGCGCACUAUCACACCGAAGUUCAGAAAUGA